AUGAAUCAGUGGCUCGCAUCUGGUGACGCUCGACCUGCCAAGCAUCAACGCAGCGAAGCAGCAACACCACAGGAGCUCGACAUGCACCUGGUGGGGAAACUCUUGUUACUGUUGUCCAAGUUGUCGCUACGACACAGCCUCGAGAUCAAUGAGCUCCAGUCGGCCACAUUCAAGACCAUCGUGAUGGGCACGGAGUCCUCGUUCAUCAGUGAGGCACAGGAAGCAACACGCUCGUUUGUUGAGAAGGCCAAGAACGCCAGAGAGACACGCAAUAACAAAGCGAUCGACGAACUGGGCGAGCCGCAGUACCACAGCUGGGCAGCUCUGAUCAAGGUGGCAGUGGAGGACACGGCCAUGUCGCAGCAAGAUCGAGACGUUCUGACUGCACAUUUCAAUGGAGUGAGGUCUGUAGCCGAUCUUACGGACAAGGUGUUCAUCGCCAAGGUCAAGCGGUGCUAUGACAAACGCGUGAACAAAGUCCACCUCGCAGUAUGUGCUGAGCUGAGCCCCGUACUUGAUGCCUUGCUACGUGCCAUGAGUCGCGCCGGAGGGAAGAUCAAACGCGGCCAGCCACCACGCAGCGGGAAUGACAGGGAGCUGCAGGAUCUUGUGGACAAGCUUGCUAGGAUCGUCCAAGACGAUUAA